AAGAUACAAAGACCACAUGGAGUCGUGGAUUAGUGGGCCCAAAAAGUCUGUUCCUGGUUGGUGAGUAAGGAAGAACAUGAUCAAAUUCAGGAUAGAACUUGAGCUGAACAAGGACCAGAGAGAGUGGUUCAGAUUUGUUCAGAAAUGAUGCUUGGAUCUUUCCAGUUACUGGAGAAUAGUUGUUGGUUUACCUCAAAACAGAUUGAAAGAAAGCCUGAACUUGUCUCCCAAUCCAACCAGCCAACGAAAUACUUAUGUGGUAGAAGGAUUGUUACUUCACUACCUCUGUGUUAUCUAUUAAGUCCAUUGUCAAUCAAAGCUGAAGAAAAGAAGCAAGAGGACGCAAGUGAUGCCAGUGUUAUUGGAGCAAUUAAGUCCUUCUUUGAUCCAAAUGAGAAAACAAAAUCAGGAAAAACACUGCCGAAAGCCUACUUAAAUGCGGCUAGAGAAGUAGUGAAGACUUUGAGGGAGUCAUUAGAGGAGGAUGCUAAGGAUGUCGCCAAGUUCAGGAGAACUGCGGAUGCGGCAAAGGAGUCUAUUAGAGAGUACCUAAAUGGAUGGAAAGGCCAAAACUUUGUUUCAUCGGAGGUACAUUAGUUUCAGUUUUGCUGUAUCUGCUAGAAUUUGUUUAACAUAAAUUUUGAUUGUUCAUGUCAAACUAGUUGACAUCAAUACUUCUGUUGUGGCUUA